ACGAGUAUAAUAGCGCACUGGACCCGGAGCUGGCAAUGCCUGAACUGAAUCGCAACACAUAUUGUAAUAUAAAUCAUGAGAAUUGCAUUCAUUGGUCGAAUGGCAAGGAUAUGAUGGCAAAUGUAGCAAAUGUUGAGCCAAAUCACCAAAUGUUUGGCUCAUCGCUUCAAUUGUCAUCAGAUGUGCAAAAGGCAAUCGAAAGCAUUUUAAAUAUUGCCGACCAUAUCAGGAAAGAUGACGAUGAAAAUAAUGUGAUAGAAGAUUGGAAAUAUGUGGCAAUGGUCCUAGACAGACUCUUUUUGUGGAUAUUCACAUUAGCAUGCUUAUGUGGCACCUGUGGCAUCAUUUUUCAAGCCCCUUCACUGUACGAUCAAAGGACUCCUAUCGAUCAACAACUAUCACAAAUCGGCCGAUGAUUUUACACUCUUAUAUGACUAUAAGCUCAAUACAAACCAUUCACAAAGCGAUUUACAUUUUUUAAAUACUGUAUAUAAUGUAUAUAGUUUAUAGGACUAAAGCAU